GAGUAGGAUAUGAGAACAUCAGAUUCGAGCUGGCCAAUUUGGCCGCCAACGGCCCCAUUCGCGUACUUGCUCUACAGUGAACGCCCGCCUACUGCACUGCCUCCAUCAUGCCGAGCGACGAGACCAAAGAGACGUUGGGUGGAACUGUGAAGCGCGGUGCAGUUGGCGCCGUGGCUGGAGGCGCUGUGGCAUAUGGGGCUGCUGCCGCUGCAGGACUCACGACGGCCGCUACCACUGUUGCCACGGUAUCCGUUGCCCCUAUUGUCGCCGGGGCGGGAAUUGGUUCGGCUCUCUGGGGAGGAAUAACGGCUUCUAUCGGCGCAUUGGGCUUCACUUCGAGUGGCAUUGCAGCCGGAUCCACCGCGGCAGGAAUGAUGUCUUCAUCCGCCAUUGCGAAUGGUGGAGGUGUCGCUGCAGGCGGUCUAGUGGCGACGCUACAGAGUAUUGGCGCCGCUGGGUUGGCGACGACUGCGGGCCCCAUGCUUGUUAGUGGAGGGGCUUUGGCCGGUGUUGGAUAUUUAGGUUACACGAUGAUGACAGCCGUACCUGUUGUUACAGCCGUGAUAAGCGGGACUGCGGUGGCCUCAACGGGAGCUAUUGCUGGUGCAGUCGUUAGUGCUGUCGGAGUUCCUGUCGCCAACUCGAUCAAGUCAGUCUUUCGUCAGAGCCCCGAUAACAGCAGGAAUGGCUGCUGGGUCCUUGUCGUAUUAGCGGAGAAGCCAGGAACGAUUCGUUUUCAGACUUUUGACAAUGAAGGCGACGGACGUGAGGCGUGUCUGUCGACACCAACCAGCAACGCGUUGUUUGAUCCUGACGAUAAUAUCGUGUUGACAUACGGUUACCGAGACUCGAUGCGCGAGGCGGUGGCAGCAUUUCGCAAUGGGGAAUAAGUAGCUGGCGGAGUUGAGGGUAUUCUUUGGUAGCGUUCGCUUGCAAAGUAAUGUGCAGAUGCGUGUGUAAGGAAGGUAUGCAUCGGGCUAAAAAUCCACCCGUUUGUUACUUCUCGUGUCACUACGAGGCGCGAAAAAAAAAUGUACUUGAGAAUACUGGAGUGAUAGUCUUGCCAGUGCAUUGCGUGUCUCGUGGACAGAAUAGCUAAACGCGAUGUUUGCUUAUAAGAAAUCCACACAUACCGUUUGUUGCCCAGGUACA